CGGGCUGCAUCUCAGGACCAUGAGAUUCCAACCCCAGCAGAAACCAGGAGUCCCACGCUUAAACCGAUUGCUCCACCUAGGCACCCCCAAGGAGAAAUUUCUAAUGUUAGAUUUUUCUUGGGCCUUUCCUUCUAACAGCAUUGUCCCUUCCCAGUUUAGCUAAAACUGAUGCAGACUAUUAGUGGGAGUGUGACUAUUAGCAUAUAAGCAUAUUUAUGAAGUGUACCUCUAGGGAGCAAUCAAAAACUGACCGCUCAGCCACAAAAAUAUAUAAGGUCUGAGAACGUCGAGAGUUGCCUUUUGUAAGGUAGGGUUACCAUGGGGAGGGCAAAUCAGUUGAGCCUACAAGAGCUCAUUCGAGGACGCUGCAUUUUUUCAGUUGAGAAGCAGCCUAAUCUUCCCUAAUUACUCCCCGCUUAAGAGGUCUCAGACGACUUCAAAAACACGACAAACGGAAAUGUUCUACAGCCUCCUUUGGGUUAUCCAAGGCCGAGUUUCCUCAGGCGGGGCAUGGGAAAUGCAAAUCAGCUUGGCACUGCCUAUCUUUCACAAAACCCUGUGUGGGGAUGAGGCUAUUGAAGGUUAGAGGUGAUUUCUUACUUAAUAUUUUUUGCUCUGAAAGAGUUCUCUUUUGGAGCCGGAAGGCAGUCCUCCAUACUUUUGUCUCCGCAAAUUCCCCAGGUGGAGACAGUCGUAGGCGUUAAUAAGCCGCAUUAGUGACCACCAGAGACGGAAAUCACUAAUUACUAAGUCUCCUUUGAUCUCCCCCCAGCCGUUUGGCUCCUGACACUGGAGAUUCCGGCAUCUAUGCUUUCUUAGAACUGUACCAGCCUAGUGUGUCCAGAGCCUUAGAGUCAGACGUGGGAUCUGCAGUUUCACGUGUGCGCGGAGAUCUGGAUCAGAUUUUUAAAAAUUUCCACAGACUCCCCAGAUUUUAAAUCCAGCGGCUGAGCUGGUGUGUGGCUGGAAGCUAACAGACGCCCACGUGCGGAGGUGUUUGAUUAAUUUCAGCAACUCUGUAGCUCUGCGCUUUAAAUUUGGGGGGCAGACUGGGGAAAUAACGAUUUAAAAUUUCCAGUGCACUGCCUCUCUCCCCUUCGCCAUCGUCCUCUUUCGAUUCGGUUGUGGGAAAUGGAGUUUACUUCUCUUUGCUGGGACUCUAAUGUGAUUCGGGAUCAUUUGUGAGAUGAACAAAAGUCACGGGCAAACGGGACGACUGGGGCAGAACGCUGAUGGCAGACUCGGGGUAGGAGCAAAGGCCGGCUCCGAGGAUAAUUGGGAGCCAGCCUCCUCCUCGCCUGGUCUCCAUGGUCCCCUUCUUCUUCCAGGUAAGAUGAAUGGCCCUUCAUUCAUCAUCCACAGGCAGCCUCCUCCCCCAGGCGAGCGGAGAAUCUGCUUCCCGAAGAAACCUAUUAGCCCCGAAUUGGGCAGCUUUGUGGAGCCAACCGCGGCUCUCUAUUGUGGCCUUUGUCUGCGGAAUUUAAGCAUUUACAUAAUGCAUUAGCAGCGAACUCCGCGCAGGGUCGGGACACCGCGUGCCGAGCCUGGCGCGGACCGCGCGUCUGCAGCUCCCUCACCCGGCUGCUCCCGGGGACCACCCUCGCCGUUGCGCCUGGGUCACGCUGCGGGCGCUCUGCUCUGGCAAGGAACGCAGUGCCACAUCCGUUCUUGGCCAAGCCCGGGCGGCUGCGCUUUGAAAGCGGCAACGUUUUGGGGGGUGAACCGCGCAGGGUCCAUCUGACCCUGAAGCCUAAGGAAUAAACUUGACAUUAAUCUGGCUUUCCAGGCGGUCGUUGGGGGCUUCGCCGUUUUUCAGCUGACCGUUGAGAGCCGCGCGCUCAACGGUCACUGGUACGUCCGAGCGCAGAGGCGCCUUGGGUUCCAAUCGCCAGAGCGCGGGACCUGGACGCGCGGGUCUCCAGGCGACCCGCGCGCCAGCUGAGAGCAAAGAGGAUUCGGGGCAUGUAAAAGGGAGGACGAUCCGCGGCGCGUGGGACUACGUCUCUAGGGAAUUUAGGAAGGAAUCCGCAGGCUUUGGAGGUGCGCACGCUUCGCGGAGUAAAUGCAAACACUUUAGUAAGCCGAGGUCUCUGGGUAUCCAACCCUUUAGAGGGAGGUGGUUUGGCUCAGAAAUCUCGCCGGAGGGGACUUUUCCACUGAAAACUUUGUCCAGAAUGCGCCCCAGUCCAGACAGGUGCAGGAACUUUUUGCGCGGCCGCGCCUCGGCCACUGCUCUAAACGGCCGCUUAGAGGCCGCAAGAGCUCAGGUCGCGAGUGCCAAGGGGAACCUGCACCUGGAAGCGGGUCUCGAGGAAGACCACCGUACCCGGGGGGCCCGUCAGCCCCCUUCCAAAGAACCCGCGGACCCGCGCGCCCCUCGCGGCGAGCGGCGCUGGUAACCGGCGCCCAAUCAGCGCUCUCGCCGGGUCUGUGACGGCGUUCGGCCCCGCCCCCUUGACUGGGCUAAAAGGCGUCCGAGAAGACUUCAGCCCCGAGCUCCGCGCGCGGCCCUGCGCCCCGACACGGACUCCAGGUGGGUUUCGUAGCUUGUUGCUCUCAGCGCCGGUGCCACUGUCCCCGCGGUCUGCCUCGGUCAGGUCCUCAUUCUCCUCAGUCCCCAGGGCGGGGCGGCCAAGCUAAUAUCCAGGCUUCUCUCCUUUCCGGGGCCACCGGCCUGCAGGUGAGGAGCAGCGCAGCGCCCCAGUCCGGCGACCUCACCUAGCCCGGCCAGUGCCCGAGCAGCGGCGGUCCCCCCAACGCUCCCUUUCCCCUGCAGGAUGAAGAACCCUAUGCUGGAGGCGCUGUCCCAAUUGCUGGAGAAGCUGCUCCUCAUCUCCAACUUCAAGCUCUUCAGUUCGGGCACCCCGGGCGAAGACAAGGCGAGGAAUAGUUACAAUGAGAUCAGCUCCUUCCUUCGCGGCGACGUGCUGGAAGUGCCCCGGACCCACCUGACCCACUACGGCAUCUACCUGGGCGACAACCGUGUCGCCCACAUGAUGCCCGACAUCCUGUUGGCCCUGACCAAAGACAAGGGGCGCACGCAGAAGGUGGUCUCCAACAAGCGUCUCAUCCUGGGCGUCAUUGGCAGGGUAGCCAGCAUCCGUGUGGACACGGUGGAGGACUUCGCCUACGGAGCCGACAUCCUGGUCAAUCACCUGGACAAGUCCCUCAAGAAGAAGGCGCUGCUCAACGAAGAGGUGGCGCAGAGGGCGGAGAAGCUGCUGGGCAUAACUCCCUACAGCCUACUGUGGAACAACUGUGAGCACUUUGUGACCUACUGCAGAUUCGGCACCUCGAUCAGCCCCCAGGCCGACAAGUUCUGUGAGAAUGUGAAGAUAAUUAUUCGUGAUCAGAGAAGUGUUCUCGCUUCAGCGGUCUUGGGAUUGGCAUCUAUAGUCUGUCUGGGCUUGGCAUCCUAUACUACCCUUCCUGCAAUUUUUAUCCCAUUCUUCUUAUGGAUGGCUGGCUAACUUCAUAUCCCCAUGUCAGUGUUGUAUUUUGUGUAUAAAUAUGUUUAUAUUUAUAGAGCACAAGUCAGUAUAAGCAUCGUCGACAAAAAUGUGACCGGUAACACUGUGUUCUGGAUAAAAAUGUGACUAAGAAUCACGCAAAGUGCUUACUGUGUAAGCCCAAGAACAAAGGCUUUCUGAAUCUUCUCAGGCAGUUCCAUUUUAAAGCCCUGUGCAGAUCUUGGAAACGUGACAACUUGUGAUAGAAUUCAUCAUUACAAGAGAACCGGCCCCUAAGAUGAUGGCCACAGGAGAGUAUUUAUUUAUUUUUUUUCUCCUGUAAUCAUUGUUCUUCUCUCUUAGGCCUGAAUUUGAAGAUUAGAAGACCUAUUGAAUGAGACCACUAACUUCAUUGUAAAUUUAUUGUUUCAUUGAAAAACUUAUAUUAAACUAAGAGAAUUUCCCUCGUUCAGAUGAGAACAUGUUUGAUGAUUGGCAAAAAAAAUUCAUGAUCUGUUUUUUUUCCCCAUGUAUUACGUAUAAUUCCCAAUAAGUCAAAAAUACUUUCAUUACUUGAAACCAUGUUGGCGAAGUUAGAGUUUAAUGAUAAAGUAACUGACCAGAACUAUAGAAAUCUGUGUUUUCCUGCAGAAAUAAGCUACUAUAGCAUCAGUUGAACAAUCUGAUUUGGCUUUACUUACUCGGAAGCCUGGCAUUCAUUUUUUCUUUUUUUCCUUUUAUGUGUCACUGUGGUGACAUUAAACCACUCUGAGAGGUAAAUGGAUAUAGGAUUGAAGUAAUUUGUAUACUUGGAGUGUGUAUGUGCCAAUUAAAUAUGCAAAUAUCUGCAUAUACACAGACUGGUGAGAGACAAACGUUGUUCUUGAUUGCUUUAUAAUACCAGUGUGGUUACUAGAGAGCAUUUGUAGAAGUGAAUGUAAAAACAAGUUUAAUCUGUUUUCUUAUGACCUUGCAUCCAUGGUAUAACUUUCAUAUAUGUCAUUGGAUGGUUUACUUUUUAAAGCACUUACUAAUGUACUGUAUAAUUUUUAAAAGUCCUCAGAUUUGUCUUCUAACAGAUUUCUUCAUUUCAUUGCAAAGUAUAGUUUCCAUCCUUAAAAGAAGGAUGCCACAAGGAAAUAACUGUCUGAAGUAGUUCCUGAGUGUCUUAGUGCCACCAGGCAUGUAAAUUGAUUACACUGAGGCUGUUUUAAUAUCAGGGUUGAGAUGUAGCACUGUUAAAGCAAGCUUCAAAUACUUUUGUAGACUUACCAAAUUAUAAAAACUAGGCCAUAAGCUAGACUUGCAUUUCAAGUACUAAAAUUGCUUUAUAAACUAUCAGGAGUCACAAGAUAAUGAGUCACAUAAUGAGUGAUAUGGGGAGAGUAGAGUCGGUUACUCAGUGAUCUAACCAGAACAAAUUUAAGAGCAGAUUUUAGUGUAGCUGAUGUUUUACUGCCACUAAUUUACAACAAAUUCAGUUGGAGUUUAAUAAUAAUUGAACUUUGUGUUUAGUCAUUUAAAAUGUUUUUAAAUAGUCAAAACACAAAAUGGCACCACCACAGAAUAAAGGUUCUCUGGGCCUAUUCCAACCACUUAAAAUUAUCUUAAGUAUGUAUACAUGAAAACAAUUCUAUUGUAUUAGUGGUUUUUUACUUACUGUGUAUUACCUUUGUAGCAUCUGUUUAAAUAAAUCGAUUUUUUUAAACAUAUGGUGUCCUCCUAAAUAAAUACGUUUUUUGCAGACUUCAGUAUUUCAGGUAGCAAAAACCACUGCCUGAUGUUAAAUCUGUGUUCACAAUAAUAAUCCCUUAUUAAAUGCUAAGGGAAAUAUUAAGGUUAGAAUUAACAUAAUUAGUCUUACUUCAUAUCCUUAAAAUAAGAUCCAAUUCCUCAUUCAUUUGGGUGUUCAUUAUAUGCCAGGCACUGACCUGUUGUAAUUUCAUGGUCUAGAAUUAAUAUUAUUAUUUUUAAACUACCUAUAUUAGAGUGUAUGCAGUGCUACAGGAAUACGGAGGAAGAAGCAAUUAAAUCUUCCCGAAGGUCAGAGAAAUCUGAAGUAGGCAAUCUGGCAUUAGGUUGAGAAGUAGUAGGAGGUGAUUUCAUCACACCGAUGUUCUACUAUUUACAGGAAGAGGAAACUGGAAGGAAGGUUUUAUUUAUCCAAUAUUCCACAACACUAGGAUUUGUUGAACUUAGGACAAAGGAAAGUUUUGUUUUGUUGUGCCCAGUUUGAUUAGUUGCUUAACAAGGUAGAAGAAGCACAGAUCCCUGAUUGUGGUUGUGGAAGAAACUGAGCCAUUCCUGUGUCUCUGAUGAAUGCCUCUGGGCUUCAUUAGUUAAGAUUCAUCCUUAGGAUUCUGCACGUUCCUUACAGUUCCAAAUUUCCCUUCUAAUUUGUGAAAUGAUUACUGUCUAAGGCAGCUUUUUGUUGCUUCUUUUGUUGUCAUAUGUAGAUGAAGGCCAAAGAACUAGCUGGGGCUGAGAUGAAAUAAUGUGUCAAGUACCAUGCAGGUAAUAGGAAUGAAAAGAAGAAGGAGACAUGGACCUCACAGUUUAUGGCCGCACUGAUGUAGAGGCAUUAAGACCAUGCAACAGAGCUGGUGUAAAGCACAGAAGAUGACCUGGUUAGUUUUAACCGAUAAGGCCAAAAUUAUAGCGACUGCGUACUGAGACUUGGAAACCUGGGAUGUUUUCCAGGGGUACAGAUUUUGAGUAGGACGUUCUACACAUUGGGAACAGUAUGAGCGAAUGCAGGAAAACUACCCACACCAUGCCUAGCACACAAGUGGGAGGCACUCGACUGUUCGAUGACUGAAGCAUGGAACUGCAUGGGGCAUUCAGGCAGAGGCAAGUGGUUCAGAGGCUAGAGUGGAGCAAGGUUGUUAAGGAGAGGUUGGAAAAAGAGAAAAUGAUCAGGUGGGCACAAGUUUUGUGCAGACCAAGAAGUUUAGACUUUAUGAACAGGCAGUGGAGGUUUGAGUUCAGCAAGGUAACUCCCAAAAGUAUAGAGGAAGGAUAGGGCAUGGGGCAAGACAGGACAAGGGGCUCUCUUAGGAGACUAGUUAUGGUCCUUAAUCUCUCAAAUCAGGGCCUGUAAUUGUGAGGGUGGGGAGCAAACAUGUCAAGGAAAUCUCAGCAGACUAGCCAAAUCCUUCUAUUUGACUCAUGAGUAACUGUUGGUAGGGUGUCAGGGAGGAGUCAUGCAUCCCUUCCUGCCAAAAAGUUAGUUACUGAAAUAUAACUUCAUGUGGUGACUGUAUGUAUAUUGGAUAUUCCAGAUCGUUGUUCUGCUAGUUCUGUUGUCUUUGCAAGGACAAGCAAAGAAUUACAGAUUUGUUGUUUAAAAAUUUUUUUUCAGAAUAGAGAUGUAUUUCCUAUUUUUCCAUUUCUGUUUUAUACUAUUACUGUCAAAUAUUAAAAAAAAAAAAAAAAAGUUUUCCAGUGAUAUCACAGUUACGUCAAUGGCAAAGUCUUGUUGUGAUAGAUGAAAAGCAUAUAAGAAAUGCUGAUUGCCAAUAUUGUGUUUUAUAUAAUCUGUUUAGAGAUUUUUAUCUAACCGAGAUCUGUUAGCUCAACUAGAUUUAUAUUUGGUAUAUAUGUGCAUGAAAUAAAAUCGAUUUUAUAUACUA